AUGGUCGAACUCAUCCCUCCCCCCGAUCCCAGAGAGCUGCUCCCUCCGCUAUUGGCGUGUCUCCCCACGGCCUUCGUAUCGCCUCGUCCUCCCCCGGCUCUUCUAUCGCUGCUUUCGCCCAUCCUCCGUCAACGAGUGCAAGUCUUCAGCUCCGUCUCCGCAUCGCCGACCGAAUCAUGGCUGCAGUUGCUGUGCUGGAAUGAAGGGAAAGCCGAACGUCUUCAGGCACUGGUGGACGGCACAAACUUUGAGCCCCAUCCCGUCUCCGGCGAAAUUGAGUUACCCGGGGAGAUCCCCGUGACGUACAAGCGGAUCGACGAGGAAACCCUCCAGUCUCGAAUGCUCCUGGACGACUACAGUCUAAGAGUUCUGUAUCUGUGGUGUCCCACCGACGUGGAAGGUGGAGGACCCGGAUGGCGAGUCGCAGAGCUGCUUCCCCAGGAAGGCGAGUCCGAGGAUGAUCGGGAGUGGUCGAUUUCCAUAGGGGAGGCCAAUGCGCGGGCAAAGGAGCAGGUGCUGGAGGAUGCCCUGAAGUCCGCCGAGAAGCACGAACAAGCCGCUGCUCGGCCUGCGCAAGAGGCAGAAGAAGAAGACGACGACGAUGACGAUUACUGGGCGCAGUACGACGCAACGCCGGGCAGAACUCCGUCGGUCAAAACGCCUGCUCCCAACUCGCAACGUGAGACCUCCGAGGCGGCAUACUUCUCUCGGUAUGCCGAAGUGCAACCGGCGAUGGACAACCAUGACCCGGAGGAGCAACAACCGCCGGGAUCAUCUUCUUUGAAUGGGGACAUACUCGCUAGCCUUCUUCAGCGCCAGAUCAACGACUCGGAGACGGAGGAACCGGCGCCUCGCAACGAGGGCUUAAACGGGCACAGCGCCAUGCCAUUAAACCACCCUCGACCCUCGUCCAUCUCGUCUGGAAGCUCCGACGCCGUCGCCAAGUUGGAAAGGGAGGCGGCAAGCCAGUCCGCGUGCGAAGUGGGAGUCAAGCAACAUAUCGGCUCCAAUAUCAAGAGCUUGUUCCGUCUGGCGAAAGCUACGGGGAUCUCUCGAGCGGAGUUCCAAUCUCUUGUGACAACUGAACUAGAUCUUUUGGAGGUCACCGAUCGGGACUGA